AUGCAGUCUGAGCCAUCGCAUAACUCAGAAACAACGGUAGACCCGCCAUUGACUGAUGAGACUGCGAAGCUUCGCGAACUCCAGACAAAUGUCCGAAAUCAGGAUGAACUGGAACGAGAACUCGGCCGUCAGGCUGAUCAGUUGCUUCUUGAGCAAGCCGACGAACGAGAUCAGAAGAGAAUUGACCGUACAACAAAGGAAAAGCUAAAAAUUGAAGAGCAGAUUUUGAAGCUCUAUCAUCGUUUGGAACAGCGCGCGGGUCCAUCUCAGAGAGUACGCAUUGAAUCCGAGAUCGCCAAGGCGCAGGAUCAUCUAUCGUCACUUGAAAACGACUUGAAGGAAAUAAAAGAACGUAUUGACGAGCGCCAUGACAAACAAAAUGACGUCUCGAAAGUUGAUUCUGGACGAUUACCCAAUGAAUCCAGAAGAGAAUAUCUCAUACGGACGGGAAAAAUCACACCAUUCUCAAAAAUGGGAACUGGCCCUAAAGAGGGCCCAUUAGCGAGUUUGCACGACGCUCUCAUUGAUGCUGAAGAUGAGCGUGACGAAGCCGAAGCUUUACAGAACGCCUCCAACAGAGCUGCAGUAUCCCAUCGUGAGUUACGGGUUCCGGGCAUCAACAUUAGUGAUGUCAGCGAGAUAACUUCAGACGACGUCUUUGAGCCAGGCCCGUCGCGGAAAAGGAGACGGGUUACCCAGAGACACCAUCGAGAACGCAUUAAAAAAUCUCCAAAAGUCAAGGCCGAAGAUGAUGAUAGUUAUGUCGAAAGUGAAGGAAAUGUCUCGUCCUCUACGGAUGAGUUUGACCCGACACCUGGAGAGGCUCGCAAGGAAAUCUCCAGGAGGGUCCAUAGAGAUGAUGUAGAGGAUCUUCGAGGGCUCGACGAUGGUAACGAGGACUUCUACCAAGCCCGACUAAAGCGCUGGGUUCGUCGACGAGCUGCUGCCCGCAAGCGAGUUGACAAUACAGGGGCCAAUGUGAACCUUUUUGAACAAGAUACAGAUCAUACAAGUAGAGAAGAACCUACAGAAGAAUGGCUUCUGCCUCAUCCUACUAUCCCCGAUGCCGAGUAUGACGGCGGGUAUCGUAUACCCGGCGAUAUCUUCCCUGUUCUUUUUGAUUAUCAAAAGACUGGCGUUCAAUGGCUCUGGGAACUCUACCAGCAGCAAGUUGGGGGUAUAAUUGGGGAUGAGAUGGGUCUGGGAAAAACUAUUCAGGUCAUAUCUUUCCUGGCGGGUCUCCACCACAGUGGAAAGUUGAGUAAUCCGGUGAUUGUGGUUGCUCCUGCGACUGUUAUGAAACAGUGGGUUACUGAAUUUCAUCGGUGGUGGCCUCCUUUCAGAGUUUCUAUUUUGCAUACCUCUGGGAGUGGCAUGAUCAAUGUUCGGAGUGAAAGUAAUCGCGAGAAUGCUCUAAACAAUGAGAUGUGGGAUCCUAGUCGACCAUACACUAUGUCAAAGGCCCAGAAAGUGGCUAAGAAAAUUGUGCAGCGAGUAGUCGAAGAAGGCCAUGUGCUAGUUACUACUUACUCUGGAUUGCAAACCUAUGCACCUGUUUUGAUUCCUGUGGACUGGGACUGCGCUGUUCUGGAUGAGGGACACAAAAUUCGCAACCCCAAUACUUCAAUCACCAUUCAUUGCAAGGAAUUGCGUACCCCGAACCGUCUUAUUCUGUCUGGUACACCAAUGCAAAAUAACUUGUCUGAGCUGUGGUCACUCUUUGAUUUCGUUUUCCCCAUGCGCCUGGGAACUUUAGUCGAUUUUCGAAAUCAAUUUGAAUUUCCCAUUCGCCAGGGGGGAUAUGCAAAUGCAAGUAAUCUUCAGGUCCAGACAGCAGCGCGCUGUGCUGAGACUUUGAAGGAUGCCAUCAGUCCCUAUCUUCUACAGCGGUUCAAAGUCGACGUUGCCUCGGAUCUACCGAAGAAGAGUGAACAGGUUCUCUUCUGCAAGCUUUCUCCGCUCCAACGAAAGGCUUACGAGCAGUUCUUGAAUUCGCAGGAAUGCAAUUCUAUUCUUGCCGGACGGAGACAGGUCCUCUACGGUGUUGAUAUGCUACGCAAGAUUUGUAAUCAUCCCGACCUCGUUACCCACAAGCUGUUUUCGACAUCAACUGGGUAUGGUGACGCCUCAAAAUCCGGAAAGAUGCAAGUAGUAAAAGCUUUACUAGAGCUGUGGAAGGACACUGGCCAUAAGACACUAUUAUUUGCACAGCACCGAAUUAUGCUUAACAUUCUUGAAAAGUUUAUUAGAGCUUUGCCAGGGUUCAAUUACCGGAGGAUGGAUGGCGAGACUCCGAUUUCACGGCGCCAACUCCUUGUUGACGAAUUCAAUAAUUCGCCUCAAAUUCACGUCUUCUUGCUCACAACCAAGGUUGGGGGCCUCGGCGUGAAUUUGACCGGCGCGGAUCGGGUUAUUAUUUACGACCCAGAUUGGAAUCCAUCAACUGAUAUGCAAGCUCGCGAAAGAGCAUGGAGGCUUGGUCAAAAACGAGAAGUAACUAUUUACCGCUUGAUGACUGCCGGUACGAUUGAGGAGAAGAUCUACCAUCGUCAAAUAUUUAAACAAUUCUUAACCAACAAGGUCCUGAAAGACCCAAAGCAGCGACAGACAUUUGAGAUGAGCAAUCUCCACGAUCUCUUUUCUCUGGGCGAAGAAGGUCAAACUGAAACUAGCAGUCUCUUCAAGUCAGAGGUUACCUAUCAGGAACGUGAAAAUUCUAAAAUCAAAGCUGGAACAAAGAAUGCCAAUUCUCCAGAUCUGCAUGAUGACGGACGAGAAAUUCAAAUGGUUGAGGGAGUCACAGCCGUGGAACAUUUCCACGAUGAAGCCGAAGAAGCCUCAGACCAGGGCCAGGGAGCGAACGCGCCGGGUGCUUCGAAUUCCGAAGCACGUUUGAUGGAGACUAUAUUUGCACAGUCGGGGGUUCACUCUGCUGUCGAGCAUGACCGGAUUGUAAACGGAAAGAAGAUUAUUGCACCAGACAGGGGUAUCAUUGAAGCUGAGGCCAAGCGUCUAGCAGCUGAGGCAGCAGAAAAGCUUCGCAAAGCCGAGGAGACCGCACGAUCCGUACCUGUAGGAACGCCGACGUGGACCGGCCAAUUCGGCGUAGCUGGGAGGCCGGAAGAGAGACCUCGGUCUACCUUUGGAGGGGCAGCCAGUACAGCGCGAGGGGCCGCUAGCGGUCCUUCGUCUGCUAGUAUACUCGCAAACCUCGCUAACCGUACUGCUAGUCGCACCAGCAGUCCUCGAGAUAGCCCGGCUCCUGGUGGUCGCGUUGACUUUAUGUCGAUGAUUCGAGAUUAUAUGAUAGCCCAAGGUGGUUCCGUUUACACUCAAAUGCUGAUUGACCACUUCAAUCGAUUUUGCACUACGCCUCAGCGGUCAGCCGAGUUCAAGGAGAUUCUCAAGAAAGUGGCUGUUCUAGAGAAAGGCGGACGCAACGGGAGGGGGAAAUGGUCAUUGAAGAAAGAAUAUGCGAAGAGAAUAAUUGUUGAGUAG